AUGCGCCCUUAUUCAAUCGUUUUUGCAACCACCCUUGUCGCUCUUUUUUCUCAACCUUCGUUGGGCCUGAUCUGUGGCUGUGCUGAAGGUGAUACGGUAUGCACAGAUGCUUGUGUGGCAGACAUGGAAAGAUGUGUCGUGGAAUGCGGCAUCACCUCCAAGGAUUGCUAUAAGCAAUGUGCACGACGACUUGUGCCACCCAAGAUUGUCGAAGGCAUCCAAUCGGUUUCAUCCAUUGCCGAAAAAAUCGCUUCUGUCAGCUCAUUCCUUGCUGAUCCCACUGCUGCCGUUCAAUCCAUUGCUUCAGAUAUGGUGGAUGAUAUUCCAGAGAUCCCUGAUAUUCCCAAUGUGAUCCACGAAAUUCCUUUGCCAACACCUAAACCAUUCCCUCUUCCUGCUGAAAGCGAUGAUGGCGAUGAUGAUGAUGUAUCCAUUUUGCCAUUCCCUUUGCCAGAUGGUAGCAAGCCUUCUCCUUCUAUUUUGCCAUUCCCAUUACCAGAUGGUAUCAAGCCUACACCUUCAAUCUUACCUUUCCCACUGCCAGAUGAUGAUAAGCCUUCUCCUUCGGAUACCUUCCCCAAUCCUUUGCCAAAGCCUGCCGAUAAUGGCAAUGAUGACGACGAUGAAGACUGUGACGAUGACGAGGAGGAUGAUUAUGACAAUUGGGAUGACGAAGACUGGGAUGAUGAUAGUAGCUGGGAUAAGGAUGAAUCGAAAACCAUCAAAGGAUUGCCACAAAAGAUCCCAUCAUCUGAUUUCGACUUGCCCGACAUUGACGUUCCCGAUCUUCCCGAUAUUCUUGACAACAUCAAAGACGAUGACAAUUCACGUGACAUCCCCUCCAUCAAAGAUCUCCUCAUGAACAUGCCUAAAGGUGUCCGCUUGAACCAUGAUUUGAUUGAGCAAUAUUUGCGUCAUGCUGCAACGACAACAACAACACCAUCCCCUUUGGCUGAUGAGAGUGAGGAAGAGGAUAAGAUCAAGGACUUGCUUCAAGACGUUGUUGCUGAUGCUGCUCCAAGUGUUGUUCCCAAGGACCUUCCUUUGGAUCAUGAUUUGCUUGAUCACUUUUUGCCAAAGCCUGCUGCUGCUGCUGAACCUUCGUCUGUUGCCGCCGAAGACAAAUUCGAUGAGGACAAACUCAAGGAUAUGAUUCAAGACUUGGUGGAUGAACAAGGAAUCCCUGAUGUCCCACUCAAUGCAUUGCCAUCUGAUAUUCCUCUUGACGCAUUGCCUUCUGGUAUCCCUCUUGAUGCAUUGCCUUCCGAUAUUCCCAAGGAUGAAAUCCCAUCCGAUUUGCCUGCUGGAUAUGCAAAGAGCUCUGAUGAAGAUGACGAUGAAGAUGACGAAGAUUGUGAUGAUGAUGAAGACGACGACGAUGAUGAUGAGGAUGAUCACAAGCACAAGAUGGGUUCUCCUCAAGGUGGUAUUCCUACUACUCCCAUUGUCGAUCCCGUGCCAGCAGAUCUUCCCACUGGUUCCAAUAUGCCUGUUCCUGAUGCCUUGCCUUCGGAUAUCGCUGAUGCCUUGCCUUCGGAUCUUCCAGCUCCCUAUGCUGAUGCUGCUUCAGAUGCUGCCAAGCUUGUUGCUCCUGCCAAUAGCCAACAAUCGCAAUCUACUGUCACAGCACAUACCACGGUCACGAGCCAUAUUGCUGCACCCUCCCUUGGCAUGUUGCAUGCAAGUGGAUCCGCUGGUCACGAUGAAAACCACGACAAUGGUGCUGUAUCGGACGCCAAGGCUUUGACAAUUGUGUCCUCGCUUGCCAUGGUCGGUACGACUUUGGUAUUCUUCCAGCUCUAA